AUGCUUUUGAAGCUCCUGCCAUUCCUGCCCGUAUGCAGUGCUGAAGACCGAUGGACCAAUUUUCUGGUCUUUGAUGGUCACUACUUGCCCAUGGCAAAGUGCUGGUUUCAAUGGUUUGAGAAAAGCGCGUCCUCACAUUCCCUGCAAGUUGGUUGCAUGGAUGAUGCAUCUUGUGCAGAGGCUGAGCUUUGGCGCCAGAACUUAGGCAACAAAGUGGACAGCGUGAGUAUCACCAAUGUUCUCGACCACAGAGCCAUCGAAGCGACACACAUGGAUGUAUCCAUUUCGACCGAUGGCGAGAUGAAGCUUGUUCAACCACACACCGGACACAGGCAGAUGAUUCGAAGUGAGCAUUCUGCCGCUUCCGGCUUCCCGAGGAGCAACUACAUUCAGACCUACCACAAGAUGCUUUGGGAUACACUAAGUCAGAAAAAGUCGGUGCUGCAUCUGGAUGUUGAUGCACUGUGGCUACGCAGCCCUGAUUCUAACUUAUCGCAAGUUUUGCAGCAGUAUCCGGAUGCCGACAUCAUUGCAUCAUCCAGCACGGAGUGGGAUCCGAAAAAGAUUGCAGACAAAUGGGGCUUCGUAUUGAAUGUUGGCUUCAUCAUGUACAGAUACACUGAAAGUGUGCUCAGGCUGUUUGAAGAUGACCUAUUGUCUGUCCCGACGGACAAGCAGUCUUGCCAGGUACUUCUCAACCUUGCACUGGAUCGCAAAGGCUGCCAAUGGACUGGAACCGACCUUGAAAACAGGGUUGGCAUCUGUGGUGGAAUCAAGGUCGUCGCUCUUCCGCACACAUUCGUUUCCAGAGCGACAGACUUCGUAUACACCCCUGAAGAUCCAAGCAUGCCAAUCAUUGCGCAUCCUGACACCGGGGUUCUGCAUCUCACCGGCAUAAAUAGGAUGGAGAAAUUCCACCAGAUGAGACUGUGCACAUAG